GAGCUUUGCACAGCAGCCUUUCCCUUGCCAGUUACAUUCAAAACAGCAAGCUUUUUUUUUUUUUUUUUUCAAUACAAAUUGGUGGGGGUGGGGAGAGAAAAAAGGAACUGGGAAAAGAAGGAGAAGGGAAGUUAAACCUUCCCUCCCUCCCUGUCUUCCUCAGAAAACCAAACAUGGCAUCUUCCAUGAGGAGCUUGUUUUCAGAUCACAGCAGAUACGUUGAAUCUUUUCGGAGGUUUCUCAACAAUUCCACGGAACACCAGUGCAUGCAGGAAUUCCUGGACAAGAAGCUGCCAGGCAUAAUAGCAAGGAUUGGAGACAAAAAAUCAGAAAUUAAGAUUCUAAGCAUUGGUGGAGGUGCAGGUGAAAUUGAUCUUCAAAUUCUCUCCAAAGUGCAGGAUCAAUUCCCAGGAGUUCCUAUUAACAAUGAAGUUGUUGAACCAAGUGCUGAACAAAUUGCCAAGUACAAAGAGUUUGUAGCCAAGUCAUCAAACCUUGAGAACAUAAAGUUUGCUUGGCAUAAGGAGACAUCAUCUGAAUAUCAAAAUAGAGUGAUGGAGAAUAAAGAACUUCAGAAGUGGGACUUUAUUCAUAUGAUUCAGAUGCUGUAUUAUGUAAAAGACAUCCCAGCUACCCUGAAGUUCUUCCACAGCCUCUUAGCUCCCAGUGCUAAGAUUCUUAUUGUUCUUGUGUCAGGAACCAGUGCCUGGGACAAGCUAUGGAGAAAAUAUGGAUCCCGCCUACCCCGGGAUGACCUCUGCCAGUACAUCACAUCCACGGAUGUCACUCAGAUGCUAGACAAGUUGGAGAUUAAGUAUGAGUGUUAUGACCUUCUGUCCACCAUGGAUAUAUCUGACUGUUUUAUUGAUGGCAAUGAAAAUGGAGACCUGCUUUGGGAUUUUUUGACAGAAACCUGCAACUUUAGUACCACAGCCCCACCUGAUCUCAAAGCAGAAAUUGUAAAAGAUCUGCAAGAGCCUCAAUUCAGUGUAAAGAAAGAUGGAAAGGUUCUAUUUAAUAACAGUCUGAGUUUCAUAGUGGUUGAGGCAUAAAUAUCAAUCAUGAGAGGAAUGUAUUCAAAAAUUAUAUUUUAAAUACCGUGGAUCAUUUAUGUCUGUAUUAAGAUUAAAAAUACAUCUCAUAAUGUAAAUAGAGCAUUGUCUCAAAUGUAAAAUCUAGAAAAUCCCAAGACAUUCUUGGACUUCCACGUACACCAUAUAUGAAAUUGCUGGCCUUAUCCUAUAUCUUCUCCAGUAAAGAGACUACCUGCAGGCUAAAUACCACAAAUGCUGGAAAAAUGAGACAACUAAAUUUUACUGGCUUGUUGACAAUAAAAUCCUUUCCAUUUAUUAAUUGUACUGGAAUUUCCUAGAACAUCAAUAAAGUAUAUACUAUGGAUUCUUUAAAUAAUAGUAAAGUAGAUGCUUAUUGAUACUUUGAACACUAAAAAAAGUAUGUUUAUUGAUUUUUUCCCCUUUUUUGAAGUAUUUGCCUUUGUACAUCCAACUAUUAUAACUUCUAUUUUAUUUUUAUUGAUUACUAAAACAGUAAGAUUUCAGGGGAUUUUCUAAAACUUAUUUGAUUUUCUUUAUUUUAAUUUUAAUUAUAAACACCCAUGACCUUUAUAAAAUAGUAUAUCUCUUUAUAUAAGUAAAUAAUUGAUUUUAUAAUAAAUAAAUAAAUAAAUUUUUAAAGUGAGUAAGUUAACUAUUACUCCCUGUUAGAAACAAAACAAUAAUGUUUUACUAAAACACUCAUGAACUCUCAUUCUCCCAGGAUUGAAGCCAUUUAACACAAUACGAUAGUCUCUCUCUUUCACAGUACAGAGCUACCACUUAAUGCUGCAGAUAGUCACUUUAAAGAGUUAACGUCCCUCCCUAAUCUCUUAGCUGAGGCCCAGGAGAACACUGCAGUAUGGAGCCUAUUUGCAUUAAAAAAAAUGACUACACUUUGUUGUUCAUAAUAAGUAAAACUGUCUUGCAUUGCCCUCUUUUCUUGGACAACUUCAUCAAUGUUUUUUGAAUUAUAAGUUCCAACAAAUGAAACGACAGUUAUCCAAUCAGAUUCUUAAAUAUGAACCCUGAACCAUUAAUCAUACUGAUAUGUACUACUUACAGAGGAAAUCCAUGAAGCACACAUGAUUAAUUAAUAGGGACCAUGGUGACCUUGAACAAUUUUGCCAAACUGAUGGAAAUCAAGGCUCUACAGAGAAAAUUAUGGCCUUUUCUAAAAAGUGCAAAUGCAACAUGAAACAAGACUAGAACUAACAUGCUACUUGAAGAUAGAAAAGAAUAGCAGCCCAUAGAUGGAUAUUUGUAAAUAUGACCUUUUCCUCAUCCCUAUACAGCCCUUACUGUAAAAUACAAGGAUAGCUCUGGCUGGUGUGGCUCAGUUGGUUGGUCAUUAUCCUGUGCAUGGAAAGUUUGUUGAUUGGAUUCUGGGUCAGGGCACAUGCCGUGGUUGUAGGCUUAAUCCCCAGUGGGAGGAGGCGUAUAAGAGGUAGCCAAUCGAUCUUUCACUCUCUCAUUAAUGUUUCUCUCUCUCUCUCUUUCUUGCUC